AUGUCCUUCCCCAUGGACGCAAAGAAGAACCCGGACGCGGCGUUGACAGAAGACAAUGUCUCGUCUGCUGAAGGGCAAGUCGACACGGCAUACAACCGGAUGCCUGAUUCCCUUCGUGAUCUUAGCGAUGAUGAAUUCAAGGCUCUCAACAAGAAGGUCGUCCGCAAGGUCGACCUCUUUGUUCUACCUACCAUCGGCAUCCUGUACAUCUUGAACUACAUUGAUCGCCAGAACUUGGCUGCGGCCAAGCUUCAGGGCAUCAUGGAAGACCUGAACAUGUCGACUGAGCAGUUUGCCACGGCUGUCUCUAUCCUCUUUGUCGGUUAUCUUCCAUUCCAGAUCCCUAGCAACCUCCUCAUCACCAAGUUCUCACGGCCGGGCAUGUACAUCUGCUGCGCCGUGGCAAUUUGGGGUUGUAUCUCGGCAUGCACAGCGGUCGUCAAGACCUAUGGUGAACUUCUCGCUGUGCGAGCCAUUCUAGGAGCAGCCGAGGCCGUCUUCUUCCCCGGUGCUAUCUAUUACCUUUCAGCCUGGUACACCAAGACAGAGCUGGGCAAGCGUAUAGCCGGUCUGUACAUCGCCCAGCAAGUUGGAAAUGCCUUUGGCGGUCUUUUCGCUGCAGCCAUCCUCCAACUCGAUGGACAUCACGGUAUCCGCGGUUGGCAAUGGCUCUUCAUCAUUGAGGGCUCUGCCACCGUUGGUAUCGGUAUCAUCUGUGCUUGCAUCAUGCCAGAAUUCCCACACAACAGUCGCAUCCUCUCACAGAUCGAGCGUGACUGCGCAGUCUGGCGUAUCGAGUCUGAAUCCGGUGCAGCAGAAGGCACAGAAAAUGAAAGUGUCAUCAAGGGCUUCUUGAAGGCUCUCGCUGACCCCAAGCUCAUCCUGCUUAUUUUCUGCAAUAUGAUGUCUCAAACUCAAGGCUCCAUCGCCAACUACUUCCCUACCCUCGUCGGCUCGCUCAACUUCUCCAGCACCAUCAGCUUGCUCCUCACUGCCCCUCCAUACAUCCUCGCCGGUAUCGUCUAUUACUUCCUCAUGUUCUACUCCGAUCGCAAGAACACCGUCUACCCAAUCAUCCUCAUGUGUAUCGCCAUCUCGAUCGUCAUGUACAUCAUUCCAAUGGCAACUACCAACAUUGGUGCCCGAUACUUCUCCAUGAUGAUCCUCCCCUUUGCCUCCGUCGGUCCCCAACUCCUCCUAUACAAGACUAUCAACCUGCACCUGGCACGUCCUGUCUCCAAGCGUGCAGCAGCCUCUGCUCUGGUCAAUGCCAUCGGUGGCACAUCCAACAUCUGGGCUUCAUACCUCUACUUCGGAGAGCCACAUUUCUAUGCUGCGUUCGGCACGUUGAUGGGCGCUGCUGUACUGUUUGGAAUCACAAUUAACGCGUAUCGCUGGCUUGUGCUGCGGGAGAACAAGCGUCUGGACUCAGGUGACCCAGCUCAGAUUGAUUUGGUCAAGAAGGGUGGCGUCACUGAGGAAAUGGUCCAGCUCAACUGGCGUUACGAGAUGUUCUGA